CAAACCAGCUUAACUGUUCAAGUGAAAUUAUUCAUAGCUGUCAUUUUCUGACAACAACAUGACAAUAACAACUUGCCAGAAGGUUACUCUUAUAUCAUGCUCUGUUCUCUGUGUUUCUCUUUUCCUGCCUAGGAUGGUUUUACCCAGAGGGAAAAAGGAGAAGGGGCAGCCCGAGGUUGGACCGGGGUUUCACCCUUCUGUGAUGCAUCGGCUGGCAGUACCAGAGGACCAGGAAGGAUGGGAUGUGGACCCUCCUUCCCUGACACACACUGUUGAGAUGAUGGCAAAAAUGAAAAGCAUUGGAAAAGGCAAAAAAUCCAACUUGAUGACUCAAGUGAUACCCAUAUACGGCUUUGGGGUCCUUCUUUACAUCCUCUAUAUCAUCUAUAAGCUGACGUGUAAGGGGAAGCCGAAUAAAUCAAGAAGCUACUUUGCAAUGACAAACGCAAACAUGUCAAAUAGAAUUCCAAACAAUUAUGAGCUCGCCAGGCUUCAGGAGAAACUUCUGAAAACAGAAAUUAUGUUGGAGAGGAUUGUCUCAGAGAAGACUCGUUCUUCUUCAAGUGGGAAAAGGCGAAAGAGUAAAACUUCAAUAACAAAGAAGGAGGAGAAGCUGCUCAGGCAACUUAGACAGAUCACUCUGCUGAUGCAGGACGGUCGCUUGGAGGGAGCCUCUCCAGAGAUGGAGGCUGAGGAGGUCCCUUAUGAUGUAGACUGGGAAGGUUACCCAGUGGAGACCUACCCAGAAUGCCAUGAGCCCUGUGCCAAUCGUAGGUUUGACACCAUGAGGUUGGAGGAACGCACCAGCCAGCUCACCGCUGAGGCCCUGGCAGAGAGGAUGGAGCAAGAAGAAGAAGAAAUCCUUGCAAGAAAACUUUCCAUAGUGAAAGAGGAAGAUGAGGAGGAAGAGAACAGAGAAGAAGAAGAUGAAGAAGAAGAUGAAGAUGAAGAGGAAGAAGUGGAAGAUGAAGAGGAAGACAUGGAGGAAGAAUUGGAAGACAUAGAGGAGGUGGAGCAGAAAGUAGAAGAGGAGGGGGUAGAGGAAGAGGAGGAAGACGAUGAAGAAGGGGAGAUAAAGCCCUUACUGAGUCCCCCUCAGCCAGGCACUAAAAGAAAGCAGGAGAGAGUUGGUUUGGAGGUGAGCAAAGAGCUGCAUCCUCUGGGUGGAGCAAAAAAGCAAAUACGCUUUAGUGCUCAAAGACAUGUCUUCCAUUAUCCUAAAGAGGAUACCUUUGAAAAAGCGGAAGAGGGCGAGGAAGCCAAGGUAGAGGAAGAGGAAGAGGAGGAGGGGACAGAGGUGGAAGAGGAGGAUGAACCUGAUGAUGAUGAUGAUCCAUUGAUGGAGGCAGAGAGCCUCCUGUUUAGUUGUGAAGGCCCUUCAAACCCAGUCGAAGCAGAAGAAGAUAAAGAAGAGUGCUUGUUAAUGUCAGUGUCGGUGCAGGACGAAGGGCGUAUCCAUGCAGUGUCCACAGAAGUAGGCGUGAGUGGACUGAGGAUGCGCAACAGGCGAGAGACUUAGAAGGCGUUUCUUGUUUCAAAAGUUACUUUUCAAAACAUGCAGUGAACUCAGUAUUUCUUAUUCCUGUUCCUGUUCCUGUAACUAACUCAGUCAUUGAAAGAUUGAGACUUAAUAUAACCGUACAAAUAAAGGUAU